AUGGAAUCCAGACCAGAUCUCGAAUCCCAAAAGCCAACCCCACAGGUUGAUUUUCCUCACGACUCAGGGUUAGAAGACGAUCUAGUCCUGAAACCCCAGCCCUCAAACGCCUAUGGCAUCCCAACAUGGCGCAAAUGCCUCAUACUCUUUAUCGUUAGCUGGAUGACCCUAGCUGUCACAUUCUCCAGUACUUCCCUAUUGCCCGCAAUCCCGGAGAUCGCUACCGAGUUUUCUACUACAUCGGAGAUUCUCAAUGUCACUAAUGCCGGUGUGCUGAUUGCCAUGGGCUUCUCGUCUUUUCUUUGGGGUCCUAUCACCAACCUAUUCGGGCGUCGCAAUGCCUAUAAUGCAGCUAUCCUUGUACUUUGUGCAUGUUCAGCCGGUAUGGCCGCGGCGAUCAAUUUGCACAUGUUUAUAGCAAUGCGCAUUUUGGGAGGCUUCACUGGUACCUUUUUCAUGGUUGCUGGGCAGACUAUUCUUGCGGAUAUAUUUGAACCGACCGUACGUGGAACCGCUGUUGGCUGCUUUAUGGUUGGAUCUGUUAGUGGGCCUGCAAUUGGACCCUGUAUCGGCGGCAUCAUUGUCACAUUUGCUCAAUGGCGCAUUAUUUAUUGGCUGCAAUUCGCGAUGACUUUGCUCGGCCUUGUCCUGUCACUUCUUUUUGUGCCAAGUAUCCAAGAAAAGAACCGAGUCAUAGACCCCAAAAAGCCUUGGAAGCUUUGUACUGUUAUAAGCAUAUUCAAUCCCCUGCGCAUAUUUCGUCAAUUCAUGUAUCCCAAUAUUUUUCUUGCAUGCCUCACCUGUGGCCUUCUUUCUACAUUCCAAUACGCACUUCUCACAUCAGCCCGAUCAAUUUUCAACCCACGUUUUAACCUGACAUCUCCCCUCGUCAGCGGCCUAUUCUAUCUCUCCCCAGGAAUAGGCUUUCUAGUCGGUAGCAUCGUGGGCGGCAGGCUGUCAGACCAUGCCGUGAAGAAAUGGAUUCUUAAACGAAAUGGAGUGCGCCUGCCUCAGGACCGACUGAACAGUGGCCUUGCUACUCUCUUUGGAGUCCUCCCAGUUGCAACCUUGAUAUACUGUUGGACUUUACAGGAAGAAGUAGGUGGUAUGAUUGUGCCAAUUAUCGCCGCUUUCUUUGCGGGCGUAGGGCUUCUGGGUGCUUUCAAUGGACUGAAUACUUAUUCGGCUGAGGUUAUGCCACAUGUUCGCUCGGAAGUCAUAAGCGCAAAGUACGUGGUGCAGUAUAUCUUUGCUGCUGCGGCGACGGCGGUUGUCGAGCCAGUAAUUGGUGCUAUCGGGGUAGGGUGGACAUUUACAAUCUGUGUAUUUUUCGCUAUAACAAGUGGUUUCCUUGUGCUCGCUAUCACUAAAUGGGGCAUUGAUAUGCAGCGAUGGUCUGAAAAGAAGUUCAACCUCGAUGCAAAGAACAGGAAGGUCGCGACUUCCAAAGAAAGAAAUUUGUCGCCUGUCAAAGAUGCCACUCGCAUAAAAUCAAGUGUUCCGGAGAUCAGCCAUGUAGCAAAUGCCGCACGCUAUCUGGAUCAGAUCCUUGCAGAGAACCAGCUGCUCAAGGAACGGUCGAUCGCCUCGGCUCAAGUCACCGAGACCAACGACCCAUCGCAGAGAGGUCCUUCCAGGACAGCAGAUGUCCCUGAUCGAACAGGAAUUCAGAAUCCAUUGAUUGGAGAUCGAGCCUGGUUCCACCGGUAUGACCCUUCUUCGCCACCCAUUUACAUCGGCGAGGCUGCAUGUUCAGCAUUUGCAACACGGUUUCGGCGUUUCUUGUCGGGUAAUAUUUCAAUGCCACAUAUUCCUCGAACACAGUAUGAGCGCGAAGAGACAAUCGCCGCAGCGAAUGAAGGCGAUGUCCAGUGGCCGAGUCUUCACCAUGCUCGGUUGUUAGUCCGGAUAGCAAUCCACCAGAUCGGGCAUAUUUACCACCUCAUGAUGCGUAAGGCCACUUUAGACAAACUGGAAGAGAUCUAUCAGACGCAAGACUUUGACUGUACGGCGAAUAAGUGUAAAUUCUUCGCCCUGUUCGCCUUUGGCCAAGCGUAUUCAAUCCGAUCUGAGCCCAAUUCUGGCUCCAGGGUACCAGGCACAUCAUACUUUUCUCGAGCAAUGGGGUUGGUCCAGAUCCUGCCGGAGAGAACCAGCGUUACACACUUGGAAACCCUGCUAUUGUUGUCUCUUUUUUCAUAUUAUCUCAACCGGCGUCAUUCGGCGUACAUCCUGAUCGGAAACGCCAUGCGGAUGGGCUUGACCAUCGGCUUGAACCACAAUAUCCCAGAAUCACAGCUCAUCGACCCAGUGGAGCGCCAACAUCGCAUCCAAAUAUGGUGGACAAUCUAUAUCUUCGACCGGAUGUGGGGAUCGAAAAUGGGUCUCCCAAUGCAAAUCCUUGAUGAAGAUAUCCAUGUCGACAUGCCGUCAACCAUCUCCCCCUUGGCACGUAUAGUCGGCGAGGCAAUCACCCGAUUGUACAGUCGGAGAAAGUACCAAGAGACCUUCCUCCAGCGCGUUCAGAAACUCCUCAAAGCCCUGAAACACUGGGUAGAAACACUCCCCGAAUCCCUCAGACUGAACAUGGAAGACCUAGAAUCAAGCAAGAAACCCAUCGUCUCCCUCCACAUGGCCUUCAACCAAUGCGUGAUCCUAACUACACGCCCAACGCUACUGCACCUCCUGAUGACACUAAGCAAAAAAGGGAAGCCCCACUCUAAUACCGUCAAUAAUACCAGUGGGAUGGGGACCGAAAGCGAGAGCGAAGAGGUAUCCGUUUCCCGGCCCGUCCUUACCCUAAGCGAGGCAUGUAUCCACGCAGCGCGACACUCCCAUUCUAUGAUCCUGACACGGUGGAUCAACGGAUCUAUGCCAACCUUCGGCUAUUUCCACGCCCACUACCUCUUCUCCUCGGCGUUGAUCUUGGCAAUGUCCAGCUUUGUUCCGAUCGGUAAUCCGACUGAUAUGACGGGGUUCGACUCCGCGCUGGACCUACUGCGCUCCAUGGCCGAGAACGGGAAUUUAGCGGCGGCAGAAUUCUAUCAUAACCUCAAGCAGGUGAAGAUUUGUUUGGCUGGGUAUCCGGGAGUAUGGCGGGGCGAGGGGAGUGCUGAAAUGGCUGCUGGUGGAGAAUUGACUUCUAAUACCAACACUAGUGCUAGUGGUAAUGCCCCCUCUGGCACUGGUGCACUAGCUUUGUCUGGGUCUUCAUCGGAUUUAGCAACAGCUACUACCCCCUUUUUGGACACCUUGCCACUAACGUCGACAUCCACAUCGACAUCUAUACCUCCAGCAUCUUUGAUGCCCACAACACACGAUAUGCUUGCUUCUGCCACAACCCAGCCUGUUCACAGCCAUGGCAUCAAUGCAUAUGCCUAUCCCUUGAGGGAUACCGUCAGCGGGUACACGACCGAAAUGGCGUUUCUAGAGCCGACCAUGCAAGACUUUCUAGCACAGUCAGAUAUUGAUCUUGGGCUGUUACAUCCCGUCGAUGCCUUCUUUAGCGAGGCGGAGAAUUUAUAUACAUGUCAUGGGUUUUGA